UUAUUAUCAGACUGGAGAGUAUAAUUUUAAUGAUAUAUUUCCAAUGAUAAUGGGUCGGUACUACUCGGUUUGUUGUUUCCGUUCAGUGUCGAGUUAACUUUAUACGCGGGAGGUCGUCACGAUGGCUGUCCGUUUAGGCGUGAAUAUUUUACGUAAAUGUACAGGUAAAACCGGUACUCGAUGCAUGUCACACUAUCCAAUCGACGAAUACGUGUUUGGACUGAGCGCUGAACAACAACAACUCCGCCAGUCGGUGUUUGACUUUGCACAAAAAGAGUUGGCGCCAAAAGCAGCCGAAAUAGACAAGAACAACAACUUCCCAGAAUUAAGGGAUUUUUGGAAAAAAUGUGGGGAAUUGGGCUUGUUGGGUAUUACCGCAGACCCCAAGUUUGGCGGCACCGGAGGAAAAUACUCAGACCAUUGUAUCAUCAUGGAAGAACUUUCAAGAGCUAGCGGCGGGAUAGCACUGUCAUACGGAGCACAUUCCAAUUUAUGCGUCAAUCAAAUCAAUAGGAACGGGUCUGAUGAACAAAAGAGCAAAUAUUUACCAAAGCUAUGUUCAGGAGAGCAUGUAGGGGCUCUAGCCAUGUCGGAGCCAGGUUCAGGAAGUGACGUCGUAUCAAUGAAGUUGCGAGCAGAGAAGAAAGGAGAUUACUACGUACUCAAUGGAAACAAAUUCUGGAUCACUAAUGGACCCGAUGCUGAUGUUUUAGUGGUAUACGCCAGAACAGAUCCCUCCGCGAAGCAACAACACGGCAUAUCAGCGUUCCUCAUAGAGAAGAACUUCCCAGGAUUCAGUACAGCACAGAAGUUGGACAAACUCGGAAUGAGGGGAUCUAAUACUUGUGAAUUGGUGUUUGAAGACUGCAAGGUGCCCGCAGCAAAUCUCCUAGGUGAGGAAAACAAAGGUGUUUAUGUGCUUAUGUCAGGAUUAGACCUGGAACGACUGGUUCUAGCUGCUGGUCCUGUCGGGCUUAUGCAAGCUGCAGUGGACACCGCCUUCGCAUAUGCACACACUAGGAAACAGUUUGGAAAGCCUAUCGGAGAAUUUCAGUUGUUACAGGGUAAAAUGGCAGACAUGUACACAACGUUGAGUGCAUGCCGCAGCUACCUGUACAGUGUCGCCAAAGCCUGCGAUGAAGGCCACGUCAAUAGUAAGGACUGCGCCGGAGUCAUUCUAUACUGCGCUGAAAAAGCUACUAAAGUGGCUUUGGACGCCAUACAAAUCCUAGGUGGUAAUGGCUACAUCAAUGAUUACCCAACAGGCAGACUACUCAGAGAUGCAAAACUUUAUGAGAUUGGAGCUGGAACCUCUGAAGUGAGAAGAAUGUUAAUUGGCCGAGCACUCAACAAUGAAUACAAAUAAAAUAAAAUAGUCACUAUGUGAUAAAAUUUGUAAUUAUUUAUUAAAGUUUUUAAAAAAACUUUUAAACUAUUUUUGUUAUUGCUAAGUACCUUGUAAACUAGACUAUUUUUGUUAGCUGCUCAAUAUGAAAAUGCAUGAACACAUUUUUUUCUUAACACUUAUGAUAUUCUAAGGUGACUAAAAAUAAAACAAAGUGACUAAAUAUUGGCAGGUAAGAAAUGCUAAUAGGGGUCAACAAUCUUUCAGCAUAAUUCUUGUAUGAUUGUAUUCAAAAUAUUCUGGCAUUGAAGCCAAAUUAGCACCAUACAUAAAUAAUACAUUGAUAUUUAUUCCCACCAAAAGCUUACUGAAAAACUAAUGGACAGUGACUCAACAAAAUGCCACCAUUUUGGUGGGAUAUAGAGCAUUUGGCCUGGUUUAAGUCUGCAAUAAUAAGGCUUACUACUUCUAUAUUUAGGAUAUUUAUCUAGAUCAGGUUGCCUUGGGUCCACUUGUGCUGUAUUAUUCAGCAGCUCAUGUUCAUGGGGAUAGAGGAACUCUGAGUCUGAUGGAGCAAAUAAGAACAAUUGCUUUUCUCCUACCACUUGAGUAAGUAAGUUUUUCUUUGGAUCAUGGUGGAGUGGAGAAACUGUUCCUUUGGGCCCAUACCAUGCCAUAACAUCAACAGGUUCAUUGCUAUCAGAGAAACAGCAGUAUUCAGGCUCAGUGAUAUCACUUUUCAGUUCAGGGAUUUGGUCAAAUAGUUGGUACUGAGCAAGGUACCCAGUGGGGCCUUCAGUCUGAUAAAUAUACUGUUUAACAAACUCUUCUAUUGUAAUCAGUCUUUGCGUCCAAUCUGUGUCUGUGUACUUGCUCCCAAUUUCUAUAGACACUGUUCUAGGGCCAGCUAGAUUUAUAAAAUAGUUUUGGUCUUUCCAUUUUUCCAAGGCUGGCCAGUGAUUUAUACAGUUGUCUAAAACAACAGGUUUCUCCGCUAAAAUGUAAUUUUUGUAGAAAUGCUCCAUACUUGGACAGUCAAUACUCUCUAUUUGGAUAGCAUUGAAUUUAUCAGCUUGUGACGUAUCACUACUUGCUUUAUUUUUUUCUUUGGUUGAUGUGUCCUUCAAUACUAAACUCUUUUGAACAUUUACAGUAUUUAAUAUAGAUGCACAGUUUUGCAGGAGUCGUGGUUCUUUGUCUAAAGGACAACCAAAUAGGAUACCAAAAUCUAUUAUUUUAUAGGCCUGCUUUAUUAUUGUAUCGGUAUCUUCAUCGGAAAAUCUUACGUGAGCUAAUAAUUUUAAAUAUGUAGCAAUAGUAAUAGCUUUCCGGAUAAACAAUUUCACUUCUUUCCAAUUUCCAAUGUUGAUUUUUUCGUACAUAUAAUCUAAGAUAGCUUGAAUCCUUAUCGUAGAAGACGGAUCAGUUGACUCAGUGCUAUUGAUAUACCUUUGCAAUAAUGAUUUAGAAGCUGGAUCUAAAUCUUCAAUUUCAGGCAACGCUGUAGCAACACAAGUCUUGUAUUCUUCUAAUUUAUAACAAAUUUCACGUAAUGCUAACAUCUUCACAGUUUAAAUCAAUUUUGGGGUACAUAAAUCCGCUUUUCGUUCAAUGUUUACAACUUUCUAACCUGCAAGUAUAGUAAAUUGACAUCAAUGACAUGACAUCAUUU